AAUUAGGACAUUAUAGAUUAUGUUUGGACAGCUAUGGCACUAGUUCCGGGAUCCACAUCCAGCCCCGGGUCCCAGCAGUCCUCUCUGCGGCCCUGCUGCCUCCAUGAGCGGGUCAGUUCAGCUCUGUGUCACACGGGGCGCCCGCUCCUCCGCUGCUCGGUUUGUGUUCCGGGUGAUGCUGCUCUUCUCUUCAAAGCAAAGGAAAGUCAGGGGCUCAUGUGUCAACAUCCAGUCUUUCCCUGGGGACUUGUAACGUUAACGUUAUUCCAAAAAAAAAAACCCUGAUGCUCCUUUGAAGACUGCUUUAUUUGUUUGAGCUCGUGCAUCCUCGGAGGCAGCGGGUUUUCUGACCGCAAAGACCAGAAGACGAUCUUCGGCUCGUGCAGCUUUGACGUUAGCUAACGUUAUUUUAAACGAUGACAGAGUACAAAGUGCGAAUAGCGUCUCCACUCAUUUAAUAAUAUCUGGGGACCUGUUAGCUUAGCCAGCUAGCCUGGUAAUUCAUUAGAGCAAGGAAACGCUGCGAAACACACUGCUGACAUGAUGUUUCCUCAAUCAAGGCACUCGGCAUCCUCUCAGUCAGGUCAAGCUCUCAAGUUCACCACUUCUGACUCCUGUGAUCGCAUAAAGGAUGAGUUCCAGUUCCUCCAAGCACAAUAUCACAGUUUGAAGUUGGAGUGUGACAAACUUGCUUCUGAAAAAUCAGAGAUGCAGCGUCACUAUAUCAUGUACUACGAAAUGUCCUACGGGCUGAACAUUGAAAUGCACAAACAGGCUGAAAUAGUGAAGAGACUGAACGGGAUCUGUGCUCAGGUGCUGCCUUACCUGUCACAAGAGCAUCAACAGCAAGUCAUGGGUGCUAUAGAGAGAGCCAAGCAGGUCACACCCCCUGAGAUGAACUCCAUCAUACGGCAACAGCUCCAGGUGCAACACCUGUCCCAGCUUCAGGGCCUGGCCCUGCCUGUGACCCCACUGCCCCUGGGUCUCACUCCCCCCACCCUGCCUGCCGUCUCCUCCAGCUCCGGCCUGCUCUCCCUCUCCUCCAUCCUGGCCAACUACUCGCACAGCCAGGCCCAGGGGGCGAAGGACGACAAGGCUCGGGACGCCGCAGAGAGAGCACCGCGAGGAGAGGACGGAGACAAGUCUGAUUAGUCAACACAAAAAAGAAGUAGGGAGUCAGUGACAGAAAGGUAAAACUGUAAAUGGAGAUUGAUGUAAGACUGGUUGCCUGUCCGAUGAUGUAGAUGAGUAACUGCAGGGACAAUGACGAGCAGAGGAGGUCAAACUUUGUGAAAGGGCAGAGGCAGAAAACUGCUGAAUGGAGAGUGAGAGUUAAAUGUUCUUAUUUUUAGUGCUAAUAGGCUCUGUUCAGGCUUCUAGACUUUACAUAGAUGCUUUUUUUAGUGUAAGCCACUGUUGUUAGACUUAACUAAGAUCAAUGUUUUCCCAUUCAGAGUGAGAGCUGAAGAUGAGAGCUAACAGCAGUGUCCCUACAUGCAUCUGCCUCACACAGGUUUCUGUUUUUUUCUUCUCAGUUUUUUUUUUUUUUUCUGUCCUGUUUUAGUCCAUAUGGUUGUUUUUUGUCUUCCUGGCCCCUGUCACAGUUAGCAGUUCCCUCCUCUGAUUACCCUCAAAAGCUACUUCACCUUUUUUCCAAAAUGAAAUAUGUUGACUGGCUGUUAAUCUGGUGGUUUUUAAAGGGACAAUUCACUUGUCAACGCAUUAAUCAAAGAUAACCCUUCUGACUUUUUCUAUUUGAUUUGUGUAGAGACCAACCACUGGAUGUGUGACUCUAGGCUGUGUUCCUCAAUCUAUAAAAGGGGAUUUAAAAAAACUAUAGUUUAUAAAUGGUGGUAUACACAUAUUUAAAGUAAAUUGUGUCCACAAGCUGAGGCACCACAUGGCAUGGACCAACACUUGUCUUUGAAUGAGAGGUGGUAAUUUGGCUUUAUUUUGUUAUUUUCAUGAAGUUUGAGUCUAAUCAGACAUUGAAAUUGUGGCUGUUUGCUCGAGUGAGUCUGAUCAGACAGAAAAAAAAAAACACUUAUUUUAAUUUUUUUUUCCCUCUUAAAGCACCUUUUGUAUUUCCCUCCUGCUCCUGCCCCUCCCUUAAAUUGACCAAGACGAACUUAAACAGGACCUAAAUUAAUAAUCAGACAUUUUAACAUGUAUGCGUACUGUAUUUCUGCAAGUUAGCACACUUCAGUUUAUGCGCUUGUCUUUUCCUGUCUUGUUUGAGUUUUGUGGGGCUGCCAGGGGAGGAUUUAAGCCCCCAGUUAUGGGUUUCCACUUUUUAUUUUUAUGAAGAACAUGUCAGAGGUGAGUUGCUGAAGCUCUAUAAGCAAUGUCACAAAUGCUCUAUCUAAAAGAAAACAUUUAGACAUGACCACAUAAAGUAUUGUUGCAAGAUAUGGUUUUAUAAUUUGAUGAAUUUUUAGAAUAAAGCUGUGUCCUAAUUCCACACUACAUACUAAUAAUGCAGCAAAUACAGACUAAAGGCUUGAUAAAAGUUUCUUUGUACAAAGGCAACAAAAAAAAAAAAACACAACUUGGAAUGAAAAUGUGAGCAUUUUCAAUAGGGUCCUCGCUCCAAGGUCAGUGCUCCAGUUAAUCACAUAGAGCAUAUUUGAUUUAGUAUUAAUGUUGAGAUUGAAGCUGAAAUCAUAAUAUUAGGUCUUAAAUAAUUUUGCCAAAUUUGGCCACUUCUGAUUCAAGUAAGACCAGAAGAAGAAUUUUGAACAAUAAUGUACAAUAACAACAAUAUUAGUUAAAAUCAAACAUAACAGCACCUGUUUUUGACACCACAACAAAGAAAGAGAUGCAUGAUUUUGAAUUUUUGCCUAUACGCAGAUAUUUACAAACCCAUUUUAGCCAAUACUAAUAAUGAUACCGAUUGAACACACUUUGAAGUUUAAUGACUAAGGAUGAACAAAGAAAAAAAAAUAAACUGGCACAGGUCCACUGACCCUGCCUAAAGCUCCAGAAACUGUACAUACAGCCGAUAUAUCAGUUUUAAAUAUCAGCUGCGGAUAACGAUAAUUAACUUUAUAAGCCAGCCUAUCCCAAACUUCAGUAUGCUGCAGCCCAAUUUGAGACCUGUUAAUUUCCCUGGGGCCUCCGUACGACCACAACAUGAGACGCAAACAUUUACGUUUAACUCAUCAAAUCUUUGUUCCAAUUCAUUAACAGGGAAUUGCUUUUCCAGUCAUCUGACUACUCAAAGUGAUUUUACACCCCGGGUCACACCCACCCAUUCACACGCUGAUGGCAGAGAUUGUUAUAAAGAUUGGCUGUUAGCUAAUCAGUCAGUCGCAUUCUUACACAUUUACAUGAAAACUGGGGUUAAAUGUCUUGCCUAUGGGCACAUCGACAUGUUACUGCCAAAGCUGGGUAUUGAACUCACAACCUCCCGAUUGCAAGAUAACCAACUCUACCUACUGAGCUGCAGUCACCCUCACAUUAUGCAUUGAGUGUUUGUGGAUUCACACAGUACAAUUUACAAGCCACUGUCUUUUAUUUAGUUUUAAUCAGGCAUCUGCAGAGACAGAUUUUCUUUUGUAACAUUCACCUCUGUAAAUGAACUUUGUGGCUCAGAAAACUCUUCCCAAGUAGUAUUUAUGUCUCCAACUGCACUGAUAAAUGAUUAAAAUCAAGAAGUGAGCAGUGUCAUAGUAUUUUUUAUGACGUGCCACCAGUUAAUCUAAGACUAGUUAAACUGUGACACCGGUGGUACACAUAAGACCAAAAAGAAUAACAAGAUGGCAUGAGUUCAAACUUUUGGCUUUUUUCUGAGACUUAAAAUACUGUUGUGUAAUCAAGUAUUUUAUGAUCAUUUAAAGCAUGAUAAUUAUUUCUUUUUAGUAAUUGUAAAGCCCGUUCCAGACUGUUUUGCUGUGCGUGCGUGGCUGCUCUGGCUCCUGCUGGUUGGCCCUCAUUUCCCUGCAGUCAAAGCCUGUUAUUCUUCUUAAGUUUUACCUCAAGAAAUCCCUCUACAAGUGACUUCAUUCAGUGUAGAGUAGAAGCGUGUCAGAAACUAUUCAAAAUAAAAGCAUUCUGUUCAAACAAAGGAAGUUUCUCCAAAGAAGUGCUGAACUGGACUUUUACUUUAAAAGCACAAACCAGAAAUGUACUCAUACUGUGUUUAUCUUUCCUGAGAAAUAUUUUACAGGUGUGGAAACAGAAAGCUUUUCUAAUAGGAGUGACGUGUUUCAGGUGUGUGAGAUGCGCACAUGCAGGCAGUCUGAAAACGCUAACUUUUUAACAGCCAGACAAACUAAUCAAGCCAUGCUACAGCCCAGAUGAACAUCUCCUAUGUCCAGUCUUAAACAGACAUGAAGACUUCCUGUGGACUACCUAUAGUACUUCCCAGCCCACACUUUGGGAAGUUCUAUUAUAAGAAAGUAUCUGCCAAUACUGAUAUGCCAAUAAUAUCAUGCAUCUCUUGUAAUUUCCUGUUUUCAGCCAUGAAAAAUUGCAGACAAACUUCUGCAUGUUGUCUAAAUUGCACUAGUAUGUUGCUAAUGUUUCAGUUCCAGUCAUUUUGAGUGGAUUUAUUUGCCCUUAUGCACCUUUCUUGUUAGAUUUUUUUAAAGCUGUAAAAUCUUUUUUGAUACUAUUUAUCAUUGAGAUAACAUUGAAUGGUGUAUUAAAAAUUAGUUAAGUUUGAAACAUUUUGACAACUUUACUCCAAUAUUUAAUCACUUAAUGACUCUUUCAGGGGAUGCUUUCUGAAAGCAUUGAAAUCCCCCUUUAAUUCUAUAAAAAUACCCCAAACUUAUUUAUCUAUGAUAAAAAUAGCUGGUGAUUAAUUUGACUUGAUAAAGCAAACUUCAGUCGUGGUGCUCGGUUUAAGUCUGAAGCUCCUGUGAAUUGGUUAUGGUGACCCCUGUGAACACAGCAGGAUGAUUGAUCUCGUGUUUUUUGAUUAAGAAAAGUGGACCUUCCUGCUCUAAAUGAAUAAAUUGUGUGGAACAACAAAAAAGGCUGUUUUUCAACUGAUACCUACCUAGAAACAGGUGAAGCACCAGAUCUUUAGAAUCACUACUUAAUUGGUUGCCACUGAUUAUUUUCUUAGUAUAAACUAUGUUCUUUAAUAUUUAAUUCGUUUAGAAUGUCACUCAUGAUGGAGUUGGACACAGCUGUGUUAAAACGAGAGAUUCAUGUUUCAGGCAGCAGAGGGCACCAUUGUUUAUUUUUUCUGAUCAUCACUAUGAAGUUGCACUCAUGGCACUGAUGCCCACUGAGUGUUAAGAGGGUCCAGGUCUUUUUCUCCUCACCUUAAUCUCCCCGUUUAUCUCUUUCCAGUCUCUCUUUCUGUCCCGUCUGUUGGCUGAGUCUGUGCAGCUCUCAGCUGUUUCUCCCUGUGAUGUGAGUGCUGUGCAGAGCUUUGACAACCCACCUUCAAAUGUCUGAGCAUGUCCCUGAUAAGAGCUCCAACUUUUUUGUUUCCCUUUCUUUUUUUUUUCUUUUUUUUUAAAUUUGAAAAUCAAGUUGUGUCUCACUGCGCUUUUUCGUUUUUUUAUUUCUGUGCUAGUUUUGGGGAGCUGAAGAUUUCCCCUCCCUUGAGAUUUGACCUUAACGUAUGGAGCGUGAGAACUCUUUACGUUGACGUCAGUCUCUGUAGAAAAACCUCCUUUGGCAAAUAUCUCAGACAUAUGAAUGGUAUGUGUGUUUGUUUUUGCUGUGAAGGGCCAAUUUGUAUACAUAUGAAUAUAUCAAUAUACAUAUUUUUUAAAGCAUUUUUGUAUGUUUCAAAGCUGCUUUUUAACGUGUGUGUAUCAUGGAAGAUUUGGUGUUGUGCGUGUGCUUUAAAAGCCUACAGUUAAGAGAGGCACAAUGUUGUAUACCAUAUGUCGUUUUUCCUGUUUUUUCUCCCAUUCUUCCAGUAGGCAGUAACACUUAACGUUGUUUUCUAGGUUUGUAAAUGUUAUAUCUUUUUUGUGCAAAAACAAAAACAGUUUAACAUGUUGAUGAACACAGUCUUAUUUUAAGAUUCGUGGGGCAAAAAAAAAAAAAGUAAAGAAGAAACUGUGUACUCGAAUGAGAAUGAAUCGACCUUUUAGCAGUAAGGAAGCUUCUCUGGUGCCUUACAAAUAAAAGACGUGAUUAAGA